AUGACAAGCGUAGCAAAAAAAUUGAUAGAAAAAUCUAAAUCAGAAUUACCCAUUUAUAAAGAUGCAAAAUAUAAUAAAAAUCUUAUCGAUUUAAUAAACGUAUAUCCAAAAUAUGGAAUUGGUUUGAAAGUGAUUCCAUAUAAAUGGAUAAAGAAAGGAAAUUUAAAUAGUUAUUAUGAAGUGUCAAGUGUUAAGCUAAAGAAUGUUGCACAUGGUCGAAUAUUUGGUAUAAAAUAUUAUAAAGGUAAAAUGGUGACAAAAAAAGAAAAGGAAGUAAUUAAAUGGACUUAUAGUAAUAAUUGGCAUCUAUGGCCUUAUGAGGGUAAAAAAGACGGUAUAUGGCAUUAA